AUGGAUCAUACUACUUCCACCUGCCCGCCUCCCCCUGACUCCUCUCUGCCCUUUUAUGACUCCUCGCACGCCCUCCACCUUCUGCGGGGCAUCAACGAGCUGAGGGCAGAGGAAAAGUUCUUUGACAUGACCGUAAGCGCUGGAGGGCAAGACUUCCCAUGUCACCGCACCGUUUUGGCCGCCGCCAGCAACUACUUCCGCGCCAUGUUUGCGGGGAGGCUGCGGGAGAGCCAGGCCGAGCGGGUGGAGCUACAGCAGGUUACUGGGCCCAUCCUGGGCCUGUUGGUGGAUUUCUGUUACACCGGUCGGGUUAUCGUCACCCAAGAGAACGUAGAGCCCCUCCUGCAGGCCGCAGACCUCUUCCAGUUCCCCUCGGUGAAGGAGGCCUGCUGUGCCUAUCUGGAACGUCAGCUGGAUGUCAGCAACUGUCUGGAGAUCCAGGACUUCGCUGAGGCCUAUGCCUGCCGAGGUCUGGCCGAGAGCACCAAGCGCUUCAUCCUGGCCCACAUGCCACAGCUGGCCCAGGCCCGGGAAGUGGAGCGGUUGCCGUGGCAGCGAAUGUUGGAAUAUAUCAUGGAUGACCGCUUAUGCGUGGAUAAGGAGGAGACUGCUUAUCAGAUUAUCCUUAGGUGGGUCAGGGCUGACCUCCCCCACCGCCAGCACCGGUGGCCAGAGCUCUUCCAGCAUGUCCGCCUCCCCUUCAUCCGCCGCUUCUACCUGUUGGCCCAUGUGGAGAGCGACCCCCUGGUCUACUUCAGUCCCUCAUGCUUGAGACUCAUAGGGGAAGCCCGCGCCUUUCAGUCUUCCGAAUAUGACCGCCAUGACCUGCCCUGCGAGAGGAUGAGGCCACGUCCUUCCACAGGGCUGGCAGAGAUUUUAGUGAUUGUGGGGGGCUGCGACCAGGACUGUGAUGAGCUAGUAACGGUGGAUUGUUAUAACCCUCACACGGGGCAGUGGAGGUACCUGGCCGAAUUCCCGGAACAUCUGGGAGGUGGUUAUAGCAUUGCAGCACUGGGGAAUGACAUCUAUGUGACAGGAGGGUCUGACGGCUCCCGGCUGUACGACUGUGUUUGGCGGUAUAACUCCAGUGUGAAUGAAUGGACAGAGGUCUCUCCAAUGCUGAAGCCCCGGGAAUACCACACCUCCACUGUGCUGAAAGGCAUGCUGUACGUUAUUGCAUCAGACAGCUCAGAGCGCUAUGACCAUACCUUAGAUUCCUGGGAAUCCCUCAGGCCCAUGAUGUACCCCAUGGACAACUGCUCCACUACCUCCUGCCGGGGCAAGCUUUACGCCAUAGGGUCAUUAGAAGGCAAAGAGACUAUGGUCAUGCAGUGCUAUGACCCUGAAACGGACUUGUGGUCGUUGGUGAACUGUGGCCUGCUGCCCCCCUGGUCGUUUGCACCCAAAACUGUGACUCUGAAUGGAUUCAUUUAUUUUGUCAGGGACGAUUCCGCAGAAGUAGAUGUAUACAGUCCUCUGGAGAAUGAAUGGAACAAAAUUCCUCCUAUGAAGCAGGUUCACGUUGGAGGGAGCCUGGCCGCGCUCGGAGGGAAACUGUUCGUGUCCGGGGGUUACGACAACACUUUUGAACUUUCGGAUGUGGUCGAGGCCUUUGACCCGAAAACAAAGGAGUGGAGCUUAAUGGGACAUCUCCCCCAGGCGACAUUCUGGCACGGCAGCGUCAGCAUAUUCAGGCAGUUCAUGCCUCACACUCAGUACAGCUUUGACGCCGUCCCCUUGGACAACGCCAACCACGAGCGGAAUACAAUCAACCUGAACAGACGGCGGCAGAACUUGCACAACCACAACCUGAAUGAGCUGCACAGACGAUAGGAAGAGAAUUCUUAUUUACACUUAAUGAACUGACCAGAAGGGUAAAGGGCCAACAGGCUGGUAUGAGGUAACCGAGCACACUACGCCUCCGUAGUUUAUUACAUGGAUGGUUUCUAUUUUCAUAAUAUUCUAUAUUUAUAUAUUGAUAUUUUUUUUUCUUCACGCGUUCAUGUGAUGUUCUCACUAAAGGUUGUGCUUCCGUUAGAGAUAAACUUGGGUCAGUGACAGUUUGCAUCUCAGUGAACUCUGUGGGGACCU